AUGUCUGCAAAGUCGGUGCAAGGGCCUGGCGGCAAGAAGCCCGCGUCGGCGGCCACAAACUUGAUCGCCGGUGGUGGUGCUGGAAUGAUGGAGGCACUCGCGUGCCAUCCGCUAGACACAAUCAAAGUCCGAAUGCAACUGUCAAGACGAGCUCGUGCACCAGGAGCGAAGAAGCGUGGUUUUAUCACGACCGGAGCCGAGAUCGUAAAGAGGGAAACAGCAUUAGGUCUAUAUAAGGGAUUAGGCGCCGUGCUCACAGGCAUUGUUCCAAAGAUGGCUAUACGGUUUACGAGUUACGAGUGGUAUAAGCAGCUGUUGGCAGACAAGGACGGUAAUGUCGCGUCGAAAUCAACAUUCAUGGCUGGUCUCGCUGCUGGUAUCACGGAAGCCGUCCUUGUCGUCACACCAAUGGAGGUUGUCAAGAUCCGUUUACAAGCACAGCACCACUCGAUGGCUGAUCCGCUCGAUAUACCGAAGUACCGAAACGCCGCCCAUGCCAUGUACACUGUCAUAAAGGAGGAAGGUGCUGGCGCAUUAUGGAGGGGUGUCUCGCUCACAGCAUUGCGUCAGGGAACGAACCAAGCGGCAAACUUCACUGCAUACUCGGAACUGAGGGCGCAAUUGCAAAAGUACCACGGCACUACGGACCUGCCAGGUUAUGAGACGAGUCUGAUUGGGUUGAUCAGUGGUGCUGUUGGUCCGUUCACAAAUGCGCCGAUCGACACUAUCAAGACGAGGUUACAGAAGACACCGGCGGAAGCGGGUCAAAGUGCUGUCCAGAGAAUAGUAAACAUCGGAAACGACAUGUGGAAACAGGAAGGUGUACGCAGUUUCUACAAGGGAAUCACACCGCGUGUCAUGCGAGUCGCUCCCGGCCAAGCCGUUACAUUUACCGUGUACGAGUAUCUGAAGGGUGUGUUGGAGAAAGGAAGAGAGAUGCUUCCUGGUGGGGCAUACGAGGAGUGA